UUUUCUCCUCACUGAAGAAGAUAAAACUGCCUCUAGUAAAAAAAAAAAAAAAAAAGAUAUCGAAGGGUUGGUUAUCUUUUUACGAGCCUGUCGACAAAAGAUUGAAGGAACAUAAAACUUGAAAGAAGAUUUGCUAGAGAAGAAAGAAAAUAAUACUCGGAACAAGUACGACGACUGAUUACGCCGAAAUGUUGCUUGAUAAGGAUUUGGACACUCUUAAGGACGAAUGGUGCUAUCCGGAUCGUCCAUUGAUGAUCAAUAGGAAGUACUCGUACAAAUUGCUCAAUAUGCACAGCCCUGACAAUUUUUCAAUCAUCGUGGUGGAUCAGACUUCCGUGGUGAUUCAAAGGCAGAUUAAAGAGGCAAUGGAUCUUCAUUUGCACAACAUUGCCGGUUGUGCACCGGUUGACGUUGCUUGUCUGAAGGAUAGACUUCCUGUAACUGUCAAAUUUGAGGAUGGGAAAUUUCACCGAGCAGAGGUCAAUUUAGUUGAAGAGAAGGGUGUGAAUGUGUAUAUGGUGGAUUCAGGAGUGGAUAUUUUGAUCUCGGCUGAUUCCAUAUAUCCGUCGUCAACAGAACUUUUGAGACUUCCAAAGCUUUCGUUAAUGUGUCGUCUUGCUCAAGUUGUCCCAUUUGAGGAACAGGAAAAGUGGAAAAAGUAUGACUACAAGUCGCUGUUCCAAGGAAAGAAUACAUCAGUGUUCUCAAUUUCUCUAAUUGACCGUGGAGUCUCUGAAGUUUGGCUCACGUGUGACAAGAAGGAUGUUGGCUUCGAAAUGGUUAUGAAUUUGGGUUUAGCUGAUUUUGUUCCGCUAAGUACUCAUGGGACCAAUGAUGAAGGGCCACAAAUGCUUGGAAAGUAUCCUCGAUAUGAUUACAGUGAUUGGAUUGGACAGAAAAUCGGAGUCUUUGGGACGAAGGUUUCAAAAGUGGGAUCGAAUUUCAAAGUGCAUCUUCAACUUCAUCCGACUAUAAUGGAGGCUGUUGAUGCUGGAUUGUUGAAGUAUGACUCUACUUCCAAAGACGCCAAGGACUUUUCAAAGGAUAUUGGUGAUGCUGUUCUUGUUGCGUAUGGCGAGGAUAAAAUGAAUUAUCGAGCUACAAUUUUUCAAAAGUCAAGGGUUGGGUACUUGGUAAAACUGGUAGACUACGGAGACUGUCAAUGUUCAGGAAAAAGACAUGCUCAAGAUUUCGAAAGAACUCGUUGAGAUUCCUGAAGCAGCCACACCCUGCUACUUAGUUGAACUAUUGGCAGCGGACCCGAGCAAACUUCCUUCAGAUAAAACCACCAAGGGAAAAUUGAUGGAGUUGAUUAUUGAAAAAAAUCUGGAAUGUUACAUUAGCCAUGCAAAUUUCAUUGAUGACGUGGAUCCCCGAGAAAUUCGAAAGUAAGAUAAUAAAUGUGAAG